AGAAUCAAUUUGUCAAGACAGAUAUGUAUGAGAGCAAAAGCAGAGAUAGGUCAUAGAAAAUCAACUUUGACAAGGAAGAUAAAAUGUUAGCAUAGUAAUCUUUUUGAUAACAUGCGAUCACACAAAAGUUAUAAUUAUAAGAAUUAUCAAUAGUAGUGACCAACAUAUUAUCAUCUUCACCACUGGAGGAGGAGAAUUUAGACGGAGGUACAGGAAGCUAUUCCAUUGGGUAUCCAAUUUCCAGAAGAAGACAUGAGCACUUCGGACUGGAUACAACAAAAUAUAAUCAAACUAAGCUCGGAAUUUGGGGUAAAUUUCAAGGGGUCUGAGGAAAAGGCGAAGGAAUUGUUGAUGAAGAUUGAUAGCAAUAAACAAGAAAACAGGGGGGAACAGAGUGAACAAACAACAGGCAAGAGGAAAGGGUUAUUAGAACUAAAAAGGCUGCAAUUGGAUUCUAAGUUCUAUAGCAAUGGUACUAGAAGUAAAGGGGGGGUUUUGGCCAUUAUGGAUCAAUGAAUUUAAACAUUGUGUCAUGGAAUGUGAGGGGGCUGAAUUGUGGGAGGAAAAGGAGUAUUAUCAGGAACAUGAUAAGAACUUGGAAAGCAGAUGUGGUAUGUUUUCAAGAGACAAAAAUGGAGGGGGAGAUUGCUAAUAAAGUUAAGGAAAUCUGGGGUAGUAGGUGGCCAGAUUACGUGCAACUCGAAGCUAGUGGGACGAGGGGAGGCAUAGUAAUUAUGUGGGAUAAAAGAAGAUGGGAUGGGGAGGUGAGUAGUGUGGGUGCAUAUUCAGUUUCUUGUUGUUUCUCUGGGAAGAAUCUGGAUCUUAAAUGGCAUCUAACAGGUAUCUACGCCCCGAAUGACAGAGCAGAAAGGGAAGAAACUUGGUGGGAGCUAGGGGCAGUAAGAGGUCUAUUCACGGGCCCUUGGGUCCUAUGUGAGGAUUUCAACACUGUGAGGUAUCCUUCUGAGAAUCUUCCCUGUAACAGAAUCAGCAGGGCGACAGAGUUAUCAGAGUUCAUUGAAGACAUGGAAUUAAUGGACUUAGACUUAGCAGGGGGAGAGUUCACUUGGAGAAGAGGUGACAGACACUCCACAGCAGCAAGGCCAGACAGGUUUCUGAUCUCUGAAGAAUGGGACUCAAAUUUCAGGAACAUUAAACAAUCUGUCUUACCGAGAAUUGUCUUUGAUCACUCCCCAUUGAUGCUACAAUGUGGAGAAUGGGGGACAACCAAAUCAUAUUUCAAGUUCGAAAAUUGGUGGUUGACCACUGAUGGAUUCAAUGACAGAGUUAAGACAUGGUGGGAGUCUUCUCAGUUCCAUGGAAAACCAGACUUUGUACUGGUAGCAAAGCUAAGGGCCUUGAAAGCCAAGUUGAAAGAGUGGAGCAAGACCAGUCAAGGCAAUCUGAGUCAACAGAAGCAAUUGGUACUAAGCCAGUUAGCAGAAUUUGAAAUGAUACAGGACCAGAGAAUUUUGGAGGAAGGGGAGAUAGCUUCCAAAUUGGCUCUUACUACUGAAUUUGAGGAGACAAUUAAAAAAGAGGAAACAACAUGGAGACAAAGAUCUAGGGCAGUAUGGCUUAAACAGGGGGAUAGGAAUACAAGCUUCUUCCACAAAACAGCAAAUGCACACAGAAGAGUCAACACUAUUGAUAAGAUUAAAGUCACAGAGGAGUUAUAGACUGAGCGUGCUGAGAUACAAAAGGAGAUCAUAGAGUACUAUGAGAAGUUAUAUGCUGAAACUGAGGACUGGAGACCAGACUUAGAAAUGAGAGAGUGUCCUACGAUUGAUGAGGAUGACAAUAACCAACUGAUGGCCCCUUUUGAAGCACAGGAAAUCCUAGAAAGCAUCAAAGCAUGUGUCGGGGACAAGGCCCUGUAACACCCCGAAAAAUGAUAGGUUAAACUAGAGCCUAAACAUAAGGUUAAAAGUCGUAAAAUGACUCCCCAAAUUUUAACAAGUCAUUUAAGGUUGAAAUAAGGUUAUUUGAGACAAGACCAAGGGACAAGUGCCAAGGCAAAGGGGCCAAGCCAAGGCCAAAGGCCAAAGGCCAAGACUGCCCCUAGAAGCCUCAUGCUUAAUGAAAGUGCAAGUUACAUUAAUCAGUAUAAUCUCACAAGUGAAAUGUACCAUUGACUUCAAAAUCACAUUAGUAGUGAAAUGUACCCUCGACUUCAAAAUCAUAUUAGUAGUUGUAACAAAAAAGGCAGAGGUUUAUUUGGAGCAAUCCAUCAAGCUUUACUGGACUUGGUAGACACCGACCCGUUAUCCUUCCACUGCACAGAGCGGGAGCUGUUCACUGGAGCACACUGCCCCCACCUUCACGAGAGGGACCACGGACCGUGGUCCACUCCACGACUCGUGAAGGGGGUCAUGAAGUUCCCUUGGCCUUGGAAAAGUGGCCACCCAAAACCUUAGCCACUGCCUCAACUUCACGGAAGGGACCACGGCUUGUGGUCUUGACCACGGCUCAUGGAGCCCUUCGUGAAGGAGACAUGGGCAUGGGGGCAUGAGGUAGCCUAGCUACUGCCUCACCCCUCAUGAGCAGGACCACGGGUCGUGGUCCACUUCACGGCUCGUGAUGAUGCCUUAGGCGAAGGAGCCUUAAGCUCCAAAGACAUGGCCACUGCCUCACCUUCACGGGCAGGACCACGGCUCGUGAAGGUGGCCCGUGGUCCCUGACGAGGUGAGUUAAAUGAGGGUUAGUUGGGUCAUUCCCUUUUAAUCCAAUUAAAGUGGGGUUGUUUUGGGUAUUUUUAGGGGAAGUAUAUAAGUUGUUUGUAAGUCAAAUUUCACAAGACUAAGUCAUUAUUCACAAACACCCAAUUGAAAUAAAAAACUUCCUCCUCUCUCAAUAUUUCUCUCUCUAAACUUGAAGAAGAAGCAAGAAGCCAUUGGAGCUAGGGUUGGCAGAUUUUCAAGGUUCUUCCCCAAAUUUCUUGGAGUUUCUUAGUCAAGGUAUGGAUGCUUUUCAUCUUUGGGUAGCUAUCACCCAAAGAGCCCCUUCAAACUAUGUUUUUAAGAUUCCAAAUCCCCUAAACCUAAGGUUUUCAAUCUAUUGUCAUGGGUCUCCUUCUAAAACGUUUUCAAUUGCUUAUUUAUGGUUGAUUAUGAUGAAUUAUAGUUGGAUUAAUGGAGUAUUGAUGUUUUAUGAUGAAAAUCUCCCUUGGACCCAUGAUUCCCCCUUCUUCCUAAAUUGUUAACUAUGGUAUGGCUUGAUUGAUGAUGGGAACUUGACAAUUGAUUAUGUUUACAUUGAUUAAGUUGUUGAAUCAUGAUAUCCCUCCAUCUAAUGUGGUAAAUUCUAGAAGUUAGGGUUGAUCUUGAUUCAUAGCCUUGAAGGGCAACUUGUUAGGGUUUGUACAUGUUGCUGAGGAUUGUAUAUGAAUUUGUGAUUCACUUAGAUAGUGAUGAUCCUAUGACUAUUGUGAAAUUGUGGUAUUGAUGCAAGAUCCUUCUUCCCUAUACCCUUACAC